UGAAUACAGAGCAAAUCAAAAACUCAAUUUAUAAUCAACAGCAGUAAUUCAUAGUCAGACAUGAUUUUGCUUCCUCGACCGCAACUUUGCGGAAUCGUUGGUAAAAGCAGUUUCUGGUGUGUCUUAUUCUCACUCAUUCUCGCCAUGGCCGGCUCUCCACCAGUGAUCGAAGCAACUGGACUUCGCCACGGACCGUGGUUCUCCUCUUCAAUCUUUUACGACGCUGCUGAAGGAGGAAUCAUCGGUAUUGACUUUCCCGUUACUAUUCAUGCUCCACAAAUGCAGAAAUUUGGUGCUAUACUCGUGAUUCUCAUGUUGUGUGCGCUCGCUUAUCGCAUUCUUCUGCAGUAUUUGAACGCAAUGGCCUGGCCCGCUGCUGUUCAGCGAAUGAAGGUCCAAGGAACUUCCGGCGCGAAAGCUGAUCCUUUCACUGUGACCCCGGGCUGGACUUUUUUAUCGCAAUCCCCUGCCUACUGGGGAAUUGAAAACACAUUUCACUGCCUCGUGCACCUGCCCGUCUAUGUUUGGAGAUACAUCGCUCUAAUUUGUUACUAUCUUCCGAGAGAUGCUCAGCGACGAUACUUUCGAGGAGAAACAGUCUCUGAUAAGGUUCUUUGGGACUUUAUCACUGAUACUGUUCUGAUGCUGCUAUGCGACAUUGACAGCAGCGGCGAAAUUCUGACGUAUCGCUGCGAAGGAUGCUCCAAAGGAAUCUUCACCAAUGGCACUCGAGACGAUUGUAUGAUCGAUGGCACGACGCUAGUUCUCAAAAUGAAAAAUGGCAUCGUCUUAAGUGCUAAAACCAAGGACGGUCCUGUCCUCGAUGGAAAAUGGAUCACUCGAAAUGAGAUCCUUGCUGACGCAUUGGCACGCACCGAGGCACUUUGGGGACAUACACUCAUCCACUAUAGUGGCGAGCGUAGUGCUGCGAGUAUCGCUCGCUUGGAAGUCGAUAUACUUAAGCCGUGUGCAUUGCACACGCAUAGUAUCCAUGAUGCACUUUUGCACAGCCCUGUUGGCCCGCUGACUAAAACGUGGACCCCUUUUACGUCUUGGCUCAACCGGAUGGAGGACGUGGCCAACGGGUUGGAAGGCAUGAUGCCACAUCAGCUUCAUCGAAUCAAAGAUCCGAGGAAGUUUAAGGUCUUUAAUUACAUGCUCCGCGCUCAUGGAGUGGUCAGCAAGAUUCUGCUCAAGUAUAACCUAGCUCAAGAGAUCAACGUGGACGAUUUCUUUGCCCUUGUAAUUAUGCAUGAUCUGGACCAUAUCACUGGAUACCGCGCAUUCUGGAACGAGGUCCCGCUGCGUCCGUCAAACGAAACCAGUUUUUUUAUGUUUUUUGUUUCGAUGUAUCAGAAUUGCGUCCAGCAACAGCUUUGGACACCUCCCAUCAUCAACCCCUUUUGGUCCAUGUAUAUCAAAGACAGUACGCAGCCCUUCUUCCAGGAGCUUUACCGUGGUUUGGAGAAGAUCGAUAAGGACUUGGCGGGUCUAGCUCGUUUCAGUAUCACGUUUUAG